ACUAUGUGGUCAGAAAUUGUAGAAUGUUUGAAAGAUGCGUCUUUAGUGGCAAAAAUACAAAAUUGUUUUGGUGUCAAAAUACAUUAUAGUGAAACUUUGAAAGAACAUUAUAAGGAAAAUCUCUGUCCUGAAAUCCAUGGUACUAAUUGUCGAAAUAUUAAACGCAAUGUCAAUAGUUGCCAAUUAAAAUUUGGAGAAGCGAAAGAAAAUGGUUAUAUUACAACGGAAAAAAGAUCUGUUUGUGGUGUAAAAACAAAUAUAUGUACGAGUGAGAAAUACGAACCAUCGAUCGCCCUCAAUUGGAAUUAUACUAUAACAAACUAUUUUUGGUAUUAUUUAUUUUUUUUUGGAACAGAAUUAGGGGAUGAAAUAUUUUAUUCUACAUUUAUACCUUUCUGGUUUUGGAAUAUCGAUGGUGCAGUGGGUAGAAGGGUUGUUUUAGUAUGGGCUAUUAUCAUGACAACGGGUCAAAUAUUAAAAGAUGUUAUAUGUUGGGCAAGACCUGCAUGUCCUCCAGCAGUUCGAUUGCAAAUAAAAUGGUCAGAAGAAUAUGGAAUGCCAUCUACUCAUGCUAUGAUUGGUAUAUCGAUUCCAUUCAGUGUAGUAUUAUUUACAAUAAAUAGGUAUCUCUAUCCUGUUUCUAUUGGUUGGACAAUUGCAACAUUGUGGUGUGCACUUGUGUGUAUGAGUAGAUUAUAUCUGGGUAUGCACACAGUAUUAGACAUUCUAGCAGGCUUAAUGUUAGCCAUUGCAUUAAUGAUUCCAUUAGUACCUUUAGUGGACUACACAGAUUAUUAUAUUCUCUCAAACAUUUGGGCUUUGGCAAUUUUAAUUGCUAUUAGUAUAGCUGUUAUAGUUUACUACCCACGCAGCAAGAAAUGGACACCAACCAGAGGUGAUACAACUAUGGUGGUAUCCGUUACCACCGGGGUUCAUUUAGGAGCAUGGCUUAACUACAAUACUGGAGCUAUGAUAGCUCCUACAAAAUCACCACCAUAUGAUAUUAUAUGGCCAACUUACCCAAUGUUUGGUUGCAUGAUACUUAGAACAAUACUUGGAUUUUCCAGUAUUCUUGUAACAAGGGCUGUUUGCAAAUCCCUUUGUUAUAGAAUAAUGUGUGCCAUAUUAAGAAUUAAUUCUGAGGACCUCAUGAAAAGUCAAAAUUAUUCAGAAGAUAACAAUAAGGUUCUUGUUGAUCUAGUCCACAAAUAUGUGACUUGUUUUAUGAUAGGUGUAAAUACAGUGUAUCUCUUGCCAAAUGUGUUUUCUAUAAUUGGAAUCGGACGACCGACAUUUUACACGGAAAUAUAAAACGCUUCCUCCAGUUAUAAAAACGAUGCAUUUCUUUAGCGUUUUAUCGGUAUAAAGUAAACAUAAUAUGAAAUUAUAAUCAUUGUACAAAUCAUUCCAAUACUAAUGUUUGUGAUAUUGUUUUUGUAUACAUAUAUUCAUUGCUCGUAUCCAUUGUUGCUACAGGUCACAGAUAUGUGAGUGAGAUGUCCUGUACUAUUUUAUAUACCAAAAGCGCAAUUUCAAGUUUCAAACUUGUUAACCUAGUUCCAAUUAUAUUGUUCAUAUACAUGCAUUAAAAUUAUAGUUUCGUUGGUAAGAGGAAUAGAUUAAAACAGUUAAUAAGAAAGUUUAUAUUUUACCUUUUUAAGAUAUAAAUAAAUGUUACAAUGUUUUUCGUUACAAUAAAAUAAUUGAUUAAAAAUUAA